CAGAGUGAUCAUGACAAUAAAUGAAACAGCCUUGUUACAACUGUAUUCGAAUGGCUUUAAAAUCACAAGUUUAAUAAGAAACGUAUGAUCGACCCAAACCAUAAGUUUCUUACCCGACAGAACAUCCGAACAAAUACUCGCAUUUUCGUCUUUGUGUGAUGCACUACUUGAUUGUCGAGUCGACAUGACUCAGCAUCUCUCUCAGCAGCAGCAGAAGAUGAAACGGAAAAAACCAAUACGAAACCCAUUGGUCAGAGGUAUCCUUGCGUUUUGCAAAAAAUCAGGCAUUCCAGUACUUGAUUCUACUUGUUGUUCGGAUACGGAGACGGAGCUAAAUACCGCGACGGCGAAUAUACGAGAUUCGUCCUUGUCUGAACAGCAGACGGCUUCUCCUGCAGAGACAUCAGACUCGAGUCCAUUGCCAUCGUUGUCGUUGUCACCGUCUGACAUACCUAAACGAUACACGAGUUACCCUCCUCUCUUGCUCUUGCCGCAUAACUUUCCCACGCACAAUCAACGUUGGACGGAAGUGUACUCGACGCUGUCCGAGGGUGACAAGACAAUCUUGUUCCAAUGUAUAGCGGAGAUCGGGUUCGGGGCCGGGAACCAAAAGAUUGAUAGGAUCGCCAUCAACGCUCCAAUUGCGGCCGCGCAAGAUGAAACUAUUGACCACGACACCCAUGGUCCUUUAGGUCCCGAUGUCGACGGCACCGAAAGGACAUCCAAGCAUCAACAACAAAAAAAAGAAAAUGUCAUGCGUAGUCCUUCUGGUCUCUUACCCGUCUAUGGAGGUUGGGGUCACACUUUGGAUUCGGGGGCGAGUUCGAAUCCGACUUCUCGAGACUUUUCAGCCGCUUUCUGGACGUCGACCGUCCAACACAAGGGUAUCACUCAGUAUUGGGCGCCACUUUACACAAUGUUCAGCAGGGGGAAUACAUCGGAAAAGGCUAGGAUAUUGGGAAUACCUACCGGUACGGGAAGCUCCGGAGGAGGGGGCGAACAUGACAAUGACACUUGUAGUGGCAGAGACAAUGUCACGUUCCCGGGUCUGACGACCGACGCUUCCCAACACCAGAAAAUGGAUGUGAUCGACUUCUACGUAGGGAUAGGAUACUUUGCCUUUUGUUACCUGACGCGAGGGGUGCGGAGGGUCUACGGGUGGGACAUCAACCCUUGGAGCAUCGAAGGGUUGAGAAGGGGUUGUGAGGCGAAUGGGUGGUCAUGUCUGGUUAUCAGGGUCGAUGAGAACGGAAGCAUGGUGAAUCAGACGCCGGCCGAUGUCGCGAGGAGUAUCGGCCGAGACGAAGCAGACGACGGCAAUGGUCAUGAUCAUGAUCGUGGAAGACAACCAAAAAUCAGGUGCGUCGCGUUCCUGGGUGACAACAAAUGGACGGAUAAAGUCAUGGGAGAGAUCCAAAAGGCUGGAGUGGCGUUGGACAUCAGACAUGCGAACCUGGGCCUCUUGCCCACGUCGAGAGGGAGUUGGGAGAACGCCGUCAAGGCCAUUUGUGGCCGACACGACACCAACGGGGAAGGGUGGCUGCACAUCCAUGAGAAUGUCGACGUUCGUGACAUCGAAAAGAAAAAGACAGAAAUCACCCACGACAUCGCGAGUCUUGUCAAGAGGCAGUUCUCGGCACAAGAGUCAGACAUGGCAUGGUCGGUAUCUUGCGACCACGUCGAGCAGGUCAAGACCUAUGCGCCUGGUGUCAUGCAUUGUGUCUAUGAUGUCCAUAUUAUCCAGACCAAUCCAAAUGGAUAA